AUGGCCCUCCCAGUCCGCCACACCUGCUGCAGCUCCUGGGAGCACAAAAAGCAUCACGGCGGUAACGGCUAUUUCGAGUGGGCAUAUUGGGUUUGCGAAGAAGACGAGGUGGAAGAAAUUCAGGAAGAGGAUGCCAAUGAACUUGCGCUCCUCGAGAGUCUACUUCUUGAGUUCGAAAGCAAGAUCGACGAGAUGGGUUGCGCUCUGGCGACGUUCUUUAAGACAUACUGGAUGGACCGAAUGGGGCAGGUUCUUCAGGAAAUCCAAAACCGAACCCUUCUCGAAGAAGAAGUUCAGGGUGCCGAAAGACUAGGCAUAUCAUUGAGAGUUGAAGAAGAGAACAUGCAGGAGGAUUGGACUCAGCUGGAGUAUUGGUUUCGCAAGCUGGAUGCUGUAGUCGCCUGA